UGCAUUGGGUGCUGUUGUCUUGGCCACGUCCCCAAGCCACGUCGCGCUUUGCUCGCCAUUUUCCUAUCUUCUGAACCUAGAUUCAGUCUUUCUAGUGUCACGGUGUCAUUCAACUCUGUCAGGUUAUAAAUUAAUCUUACCAGAGACGAACUGACCUCUUUAUAGAGUCUUAAAUCGUUUUACUCCUGCUGGUGCUCCCUUAAACAUGAACAUUUUCAGGCUAACCGGCGAUCUCUCCCACCUAGCAGCCAUCAUCAUCCUGCUGCUAAAAAUAUGGAAAACCAGAUCUUGUGCCGGUAUUUCUGGGAAGAGUCAGGUCCUGUUUGCCUUAGUGUUCACCACUCGUUACCUGGACCUGCUCACCUCCUUCAUUUCUCUCUACAACACCACCAUGAAGAUCAUCUACAUUGGAUGUUCGUAUGCCACUGUGUACCUGAUCUACCUGAAGUUCAAGGCGACUUACGAUGGGAACCAUGACACGUUCAGAGUGGAGUUCCUGGUCGUCCCCGUUGGUGGACUGGCUUUCCUGGUUAACCAUGACUUCUCUCCCCUAGAGAUUCUGUGGACGUUCUCGAUUUACUUGGAGUCUGUGGCCAUCCUGCCACAGCUUUUCAUGAUCAGCAAGACCGGUGAGGCUGAGACCAUCACCACCCACUACCUGUUCUUCCUGGGACUCUACAGAGCCCUGUAUCUCAUCAACUGGAUAUGGAGGUUCUACUUUGAGGGAUUCUUCGACAUGAUCGCCAUUGUUGCUGGGGUGGUGCAGACCAUCCUCUACUGCGACUUCUUCUAUUUGUAUGUAACAAAAGUACUGAAAGGAAAGAAGCUGAGUCUGCCAGCUUAAGUGCCAAAGAGGAGCAUUUUGGCAGACUUGUAGAGGGGGGAUCGGAGGGAAGGAGGAGUGAUAGUGGACACCUCUGAAACCCCCCCCACCCCACCCUCCACCAUCGCCACUUCCUCCUCUUCCCCUCCUGCCAGUGUAAGAUGCCUGAGACAGAGAGCAAGUGGGAGCUGCUGGCUUUCUUCUGACCCAGAAUCAGUGGAAUCAGAACCCCCGCAGAGGCUGGUCCAUGGCCUUCGGAUUUCUGUUUGAUGCAUCUUGCCUUAACUUUUUUUUUUAAUACUCUGUAUAAAGGAAGAAAAAAAAAAAGCGAGAAAAGUUUUCUACAGAAAAAUGUGUACUCUGAAGAUUUGACACAUUGGUGAAUAAGAGCUGAAGAUGUAAAAUUGCCUCUGAUUUGGCAUUGUAUGAUACUGAAGUGGACUUCUUGUGGUGGGAUAUUAUUGACUCAAACAUUUGUAAUAGUAUUUGCAAUCAGAAUAAAUAUGUAUUGUUUUUCCUGAACCAAUUGGGAGAGGAAUUUGUUGAAUCCUCAGAACUAUGGUGGUCAGAUUAUUCAUGUUUUGCUCUUCUAUUUUUGACCACUAUGCAUUCCCACUGUCUGUUUUGGUUUCCCUUGGUAGAAUAUAAAUUCAGUAGAGAUGCCAUAGUUUAACAGUCUCCUUCCAAAAAAGGAACUCUGUAACUCAAAUUCAGUUUUUGUUAAAAAGGUGACGGGUAUGAGUUGUUUCUUGUUGUUAUUUAAGAUUGAGCAGAAUGCUCAUCUGGGGGGAAAAAAAACACACAAUGAAAGUAAAAGGUUGAAAGGAUACCAAGGAACUCUCAUCACUGUAAAUGGCUUCUUCAUUUGAAUCCCUCAUUUAUUACCCUAUAAGGAUAGUAUGUCACCUGUAAGUAUACAUCAUUUCCCACCCAGUCAUUUCAGGUGGCCCCUGUAAAUGUUUGAGACGGGUGAAUUUACUACAAAUAUGCUGUAUAUGAAUUAUCACAACAGAAGACUUUUGUUUUCUCUUUUAGGUGCCAAUGUAUUUAUUUUUUAGCUUCCUGGUUUCCAGCAAACAGUGCGUAGAAUUGUCCUCCUGUUGUGCACAAUUUCAAUAGCAGGUUUUACACGUCUCUGUCAAACACGAGCACAAUCCUACGAACGCUGUUACGCUGAAUCCUGAAUUCCUCCUUGAAGUUUGGUUUUCAUGCAGAUCAGUCCAACACUCCUUUUAAUUUCUUAGCAGAGCUUUUGCAUGAUGUUGCAACCACAAAUAAAGACUAGAUGGGAAACAUUUGUCUCAAGCUGUGGUUACAACAAGUUUAAAAGCGUAAUCUGCCAAUUUAACCAAUUUAGCAUUACAAUCCUAUGGCACUGUUGGACUCAACAACAAAGAAAAGGAAAGAAAUAAUCAGGAUAUUGUCUUUAUUCCACACAUUCUACUUGCUAAUCAUAACUCGUAAAUACAUUACCUGAUGUGCAACUCAAGUUAUUUAAUGCCACAACUCCGGUUUUGGGUUUUUGUUUUUUGUUUUUUUUUCAGACUUGUAUUCAGCCUAGACUCAAGGCUGACUCAAGUGACAUCACUUGAGGACAUUUAUCAGUCAGCUCCUUCUGGAGACACUAAAGGCUUUACAGAGUUCCAAGUUAAGGAGAUUGUUCCAGUUGUAAAAAUGCAUUUUUGAACAAUCCUUUAGUGUUUACAUAGCAGCUUUAAUGACAACUUAGUUUUACAUUUUGUAAGAGAGAGAUGCAGCUUGACAUGCUCCGUUUUUAAAAGAGUUCAGAGUUGCACAACCGUUGAAGAUGAGGUAUGGUAUAGAAGUAUCAAAGGUGUAAUCUCUGGAGUAACAAAUAAGCAGGCUUGUUUUCUGCCUUUCGGGAGAGUUUCUUGGUUUUUGAGUUGGACCAUGGGGUAUUGGCUUGAUAUACAUAUGACUUUGCAGGGGAAUCUGAAGAAUGACAUGCUGUGUUUGUAUUUGUGGAAUACACAUUUGCAAUUAAAACACAUUAAAGAUUUUAAAAUGUAA